AUGGAGGCGCGAGGGGAUUCACCCGGGGCGGGGGACCGCGCGCCCAGUCCCCACUGCCCUCCGCCAGGGGCAGGGAGGGGGGCGCCUGGAAGGGCGGUCGGCCGAGAGGCGGGGCGGAGGGGGGGGGGCCCGGGGGUCCCCGCCGCCGCCGAGGUCCGGGGAAAGCGGGAGGGGCCGCACCUGAGGAAUCCGCCUCCGGCCGCGGCGGCCGCCGCCUCGCUCCGCCCCGGGGACCUGGGCGCGCGCGGCCGGCUUGCCCGGCACACACAGACGCCAGCCAGCGGCGGCGCUAGCUCCUCGGAGGAGCUCGGCUGA